GUGGGGUUAGCGGUUAGGUGCGGUGUUAGACGGGUAGGAAAGCGAGUCUGCAUCGGCAUGAUCCUUCUACUUAACUCUCUUUUCUCUCUUUAUAUAACCCCACCUUGGAGUUGUUUGGACUAAACAAAUCAUCAUCUUUGUUUCCUUUCCUCUCUCUCUCUCUGUUUCUUUUUCUUACUUGUAUGGCAGCCAAUUGGAAGAGUGGUGGAGGGAUCGCCGUCUUGGGGAAGCGACUUCUUAACCGCACCUCCAUUCGCCAACCAUCCCCCUUCAACGACUUCGCCACUCACUCUCCUCCUGCUGUAGCUCUCACUAUCAGGAGUGCUCACGCAUCGGCAUAUGACAAGAACCUGGACGAUCAGGUCCAUUCAUCUGUUGUUCCUGAUGAUGUGAUUCAGCCUCAAUCAGACAAGUACUGGGCACCACACCCGAAGACUGGGGUGUUUGGCCCUGCUACCGAGCUCGACGCAUCUGCAGGUGGGGAGCAGGGCUUCCGUUCCUCCCUUGCCAAUGGUGGCGUGAACUCGGUCCUGGAGGAAAAGGCCUGGUUCCGCCCCACAAGUAUUGAGGACUUGGAGAAGCCACACCAUCACUAAGGAGAAAGUCUAGAUAACAGUAGGUGUGUUUUUAAAGUCUUGCUUCAAUCUAAUGAAGUACUGUUGGAAAACCCUGGUUUAAUGUCUAUGUUUUAGCUAGUAAAAAUAUAUAGUUGGGGUAUCUGGAUGGCUGUUAUAUGGGAAUUUCUGUAUCUAGUUACUAUGAACUAUGUAACAUACGAAGUUUUCUUUGCAAUGCUUGCUCAGUAUCUUCCUAUGAAAUGUUUGGUUAUUUCGUCUAUGGUAUCAGCUGUCAUUUCUAUGA